UCCGCCAACUCAACAAACAUAUGAAGCUUGAUAUUCAAUUUCAUAGCUACUUUUUGGUGUUGAAAAAAGAAGCUUCACAAUCUCCUUUCUCUCAGUUAUUAAUUUUUGAUACGUGUUCCAUUCUCCUCACUCCUUGAUAAAUUAUGGAUGCAAUUGAUAAGAAGACUGAAAAUGUCGACACUAUGCCUGCGGAAAGCAAGGAUUCUUCUAUUAAGGUAAAAGUCUUGUUCUUUGCUAGAGCACGGGAUCUAACCGGCUUAGCAGAGAUGCCACUGGAGGUGGCAUCUGGUAGUACUGCUGGUGAUUGUUUGAAUAAGCUAGUUGCAAGGUUCCCCGGUUUGAAAGAGAUCCGUAACUGCAUAGUUCUAGCUCUAAAUGAAGAGUACACGACAGAGUCGGCAAUUGUUAGAGAAAGAGACGAGUUGGCGAUCAUACCUCCCAUUAGUGGCGGCUAAUGUUGGCUGCAAGUUUCUAGAACUUUCUGAGAAGCAAUUUACUCGGCAAUGGAUGGACAAUAAGCUGAUUUCAAGCAAAGGGUGUAAGUGUCGCGCCUAUUAUUUUGUUGUCGUUGUUAUGAGAGGGAUUUGUUCAUACUCCAUUUUGGAGAUGUUGUAUUUCUGUUAAUAUAUAAAAUCUGUUUUACUUUCAAUAAAGGUGGAACAUCAUAUAACUGCCUUACAUGUCAUUUGCUUUGCAUAGUGCAGCUUAUUUUUUCA